GGAGCGGGGCGGAGGGUUGGGUCUUUCCGGGGCGGCCGCGCACUCCGGGUGCUGAGCGCGCGUCCCUGCGCUCCCGCGCGCUCCCGGGCCCGGAGGAGCCGGAGCACGUUCUGGGCUCCGGCUGAGGCCGAGAUUCCAGAGCUGGGGUCGCUUCCGGGUACCGGAUACCCUGCGGUCCUGGGGACCUGGAAAAGCGUCGAGUUUUUGCUCCAGGAACUUUCAGUAGAUUUGCUGCUUUUAAAACCGGGUUUCGAAGCUGAGUCGGGACUCCGGAUCGGAUCUGGGAACCAACAUGGAUGCCACCAGCCAAUCCCCUGUGGAUGUCAUGCUUCCCAAGCACAUCCUGGACAUCUGGGCCAUUGUCCUCAUCAUCCUGGCCACCAUUGUCAUCAUGACCUCCUUGUUGCUGUGUCCAGCCACUGCAGUCAUUAUCUAUAGAAUGCGGACUCAUCCGGUUCUCAAUGGGGCUGCCUGAGAACCUCCCAGGAAGGCUGGCAUGGGAUAGGGCCAUGAGCCCCCCCUCCAGCCUGUUUUCAGAAAAACAGUGGGAAAGACUCAGUGGGUUGGACCUGGGUUUUAGUUUUGAUUCUGUGACUGAGCAACUGUGUGGAUUUGGUUGAGGGAUCUAACUCUAUGAGCACCAGGUUCCUUAAUUUUCAACCAGGAGUCAUGAUCCCUGCCCUCCUACCUCAUAGGGUUUUGAGAACCACAUGACUUAGUGGAGGUGAAAGCUGUUUAUGAGUGUGGAAGCCACCACAGACAAACAGGUGUUAUAUCAAGUGAUAAGAAGCUUUAAAGAACCAAAGACCCCACUGGUGAUGGCUUUAAUGACGGUGAGGGAGACUAGGGACAGAGCAGCCUUAGCCAGUGCUCCUCGCAUCAAGCCAUGCACAAUGCACCCAUCUUCAUCGACUCAAAGUUGUUUUCUGUGACAUGAGCCUCCCUCCACUUUUCUCAAUUAGGGGUAGAGAGCUGAAUGUGGCAGGAGGAGAGAGAUGAGUAGAAAUUUCCAGAACAUUGUCUGUGCCAGAGUCUCUGCUACUGUGUAAUCCCGAGGAAUGCCUUGCCAUUAUUUUACAGUGCCAAAAGAACUGAGCUGAUGAGUUUCUUUCUGUCCUGAGUGUCAUGUCUCUUUCAGUGUUGACACUCAAGUAGUGUUGGAAAUGCAGGGUGGCUGAGUUUCCUGCCCAGCUUUUCAGCCCUUAUUCCCUUGUGUGCCCCACAGGAGAGACACUGUCCUUCUGUUCCAGCUGCUGUCAUUAGUUUCAUGGUUUUGCUAUUAUUUUUUUGUGGCACUGGAGAUUGAACUUAGGGCCUCUUUAAUGCCAGGUGAGCAUUCUACCACUGAGCUACAGCCCAAGCCCUACUAGUUCUGCAUGGAUUCCUCUCCCUCCCUCCCACCAGCACUGCAGCCAUCUAAAGUACUUAUAUUUUAAGAGAUUCCUGGGACUUUAGAAUCUAAGUAAAAACAGUGAUGAUUGUUUUAGAUGCUAUGAUUUGUAUUUAUAUAGAGAUUAUUUCUGGACCAUUCAAGUUCAUUAUAUACCCCAAAUUGGGAGCAUCCUGGGAUUUAUUAAGUUAUGUAAGAAGAUAACACAGAUAUUAAGAUAGUAUUAUGUCAAAAUGUUGUUUGACUUUGAUCAUAUUUCAUUGAUGUAUGCAACCAAUUUCCAAUAAAGUAUGACAAUGAUUAUGUAUGAAGUUUUUCUUUGAAGAGUACCUAGUAAAACCAAAACUUAGAUAAAAGGAUUCUGUUCAGCUUUGUUUUGUCAGUGGUGGGGAUCAAACCCAGGCUUUGCACAUGCCACGCAGCAGCUGCAUCACUGAGCUACAUCCCCAUCUCUCAAGAUGGAGUUGGACAUCUGCUUCUGUUCCUUGGGAAGGAUUUUAUGGCUGGUAUUGUGGUUUGGAGGAUUAUAAAGUAUGUUUUAUGUACUAUGAAAGUGGACAGGGUCAGACCACACAGUCUAUGUUGAGUGAGGUGCUAAAUCUAGAACCCAGAGAAGGGUUCGUAGGAGUGGAAGGGGCAUAGAUGAAAAACGGGAAAGCAAGAUCGAAAAGGCCACGUGAUAGGACACCUAACCCUUUGUGGGUUAAGGAGGAAGUGGAAUGUUAGGACACCAAGACCGUGAGAACGAAUAACUUUUUCCAGGAACAACUCUAAUAAAGAGGUGAGAAUUAAUUAAGGGUCUGGGAAAGUUGGUGUAGGAAUUUCUUAGUACAUUUGAGUUGGGUACUACUUAGUUUUGCUUCAUUGUUGCCAAAAUAUAUUACAGAACUAAAAGGAGAAAAGGUUUAUCAGGGAGGUUCCUGUUGUGGUGGAGGGGUCUCGAUAGACAGCUGUUCACAGGACUAGAAGGAAGCAGAGGACACAGUCGGAACCACAGACAGGGUACAGAGCACAGUAUGUUACACUAAGACACUCAUGGAUGUGUGUUCUUCCUCUUCAUAAAGUCACCUCCCUAUCCUUGACUCCUGGGAGCCACUGAUCCCUGCCAUUGUAGUGUUGCCUUUUGCAGAAUGCUACAUAAAAGAAAUCAUGAAGUGUGGAAGUGUCUUUGAGUCUGGCUUCUCUGAGAGCAUUUGCCUUUCUGAUGUACUCAUUCUGUGUAUCAAUACGUGGUCUAUUUCACUACAUACUGCAUUUGGAUUGUUUUCAAACGAUCAUAAAUAAAGCAGCUAUAAACAUUU